AUGUUGUCAGUGUUACUAGGCGUUGUUGGUGUAAUACUUGCAUUAAUAUACCUAAAGGGAAUAUAUAAUCAGCAUUAUUGGAAGAAACGUGGUGUAGCCUUCUAUGACAAGCACAAGACAGGAGGACCUCUAUGGCAGUUCGCAAUCGAAGAUCGAUCAUUCUUCCAAAUCCUGAACGAUAUCUAUUGGAACUAUGAAAAAGAACCAGCUGUCGGUCUAGGUUCAUUCCAUGACCUAGGACUAUUCGUGAAGGAUCCGACCAACAUACAACACAUCACACAAGUUGAUUUCCAUUCAUUUAAUCAUAGAGCUAUUGCAUUUACCGAAGACGAUGUCUUGGCACACAAUGUGUUAAUGCUCAACGGUCAGAAAUGGAAGCUAGUCAGGCAGAAAGUGACACCAAUUUUUACAACUGCCAAACUUAAAAACAUGUUUUACAUCAUCGACAAAAGUGCUCAGGAUUUUAUAGAGUAUUUAAGAGAUAAUCCAGAAAAGUUGAAAGAAGAUCUGUUUGAUACUUUGGGAAAUUACUGCAAUGCUGCCAUUGCUGCUGCUGUAUUUGGAAUCCAUACACGCUCAACUUUUGAUUCUCCAUUCCGUAUGAUGGCUAGAGAGGUUUUGACUCCUACUUUUUUCACAAAUUUGAAGUUUGCGAUAAGUGGAGUAAGUGAAUCACUCUUCAAAUUUUUAAAACUCAAGUUAUUCAAAACAGAAAAAGAGAAAUUUUUCAUCGCAGCGAUCAAACAAGUGAUUAGGCAACGAGAAAAAGAAAACGUGAAGAGACACGACUUCAUAGAUAUAUGUGUAGAGCUCCAGAAGAAUGGGACAAUGGUGGACGCAGAUACUGGGUAUGCGCUGGAGCCGACAGAUGAGCUGAUGGCUGCUCAGGCUUACUUUUUCUUCUUGGCAGGUACUGACCCUACAAUCGCUGGAAUAUUCGGUACUUUAAUGGAAUUGGGAAGAAAUCCCGAUAUCUUGAAGAAGGCACACGAGGAUGUGGAUAGAGUAUUCGAGAAAUAUAAUGGUCAACUAACGUACGAUGCAGUUGGGGAAGUGAAUUAUUUGAAAAAUGUAUUGAGUGAAGUCUUUAGAGUGCAUCCUCCGAUUGCUUUUGUAAUGCGACAGUGCGUGCAGGAUAGUGUUCUGCCUGUAGGCAAUAUUCCUGUUGAGAAAGGUGUAAAGAUAUUUAUGCCUAUAUUUGACUUGCAUCAUGACCCUAAUUAUUUCCCGGAGCCUAAGAAAUUUGAUCCUGACCGCUUCGCGAGGGAAGGAGAGAUAAAUGAUGCGACUUAUAUACCAUUUGGUAAGGGUGGUCGAUAUUGUAUUGGAGCGAGAUAUGCUAAUAUUCAGAUCAUGACUGGGUUGAUCCAUCUUCUAAGGCAUUAUACAGUACGUACAUUUGUGAGAAAAGGAGGUGUUAAGUACAAUAAAGAGCAAUUUCAAGUGCGUUUGAGAAAUUGUGAUGUUGAGUUGGUGCCUAGAAAAUUGUGA